AUGAAGAGUCAACUUGCAAUUAUCAUGUUCAUCAUCAUUGGCACCACAGCCUACCAGGUGUUUAAUGAGAUGGACCAGAACGGAUUCAAGGGCUACCAGUCAAAACUAGACGACUCCACUCGACAGCUGCUGGAUCUAGAAGUUGCAAACGAGAAAGAUUUUCGAGACAGCUUGGAAAAAAGCCGGCCUUCUUUGGAAGAUUGGAAAUAUGAUCUUGUCCACAAAUACACUCCGGUUAUGGAAGGAACUCUGUUCUGUCGAUACCCGACUGACUUCACCAGAGAAGAACUCCCCAUCCAUGGACGGGGUUUUGCUGCAGAUCUAAAAGUCUUAGAUGUGACCGUGAUUGACGGAUACACUGGAGACAAGUUCCCUAUUCUUCAUAAAAACCUCGAUAUUCUCGCUUUCAAAUCGCGCGAUUCUACCCUAGUCGGAAUGAGACCACUCACCGUCAAAGUACAGCAUCGCGGAUGUGUUCCUAUGCCUGACUAUUGCUACGCGACAACCACAUUCUAUUCGUGGUAUUCCCAUUCGGAAGAGGAUGUCAAGUGGAGCCACAUGAAUCUCAAUCUUGCCACCAGAAUCACAGUGAAGCAUUGUUCGGUUUUGAGAAAAAUCUUCAACUUCUGGCCUUUCUAUCAUUUCUUCUGA